AUGUCAGGAAUCACUGAAGCUCCAGUCACUGUAACGUUAGAAGAGUUAAAACAUGGUAUUGAUGAUAUAACGCUACAAAAGGCAUUUGGUCCGAAUUCUUUAGGUAUAAUAGUUGUGAAAAAUUUACCCCAAUAUUUUCAAGAAUUAAGAGAAAAAGUACUAAAAUCUGCGUCAGUAUUAGCUAAUUUACCUCAGAAGCAGUUAAAAGAGUUGGAAUCUGAAGAAGCAAUGUGGCUUGUUGGAUGGUCAUGUGGUAAAGAAAAAUUAGCAUCAACUGGUAAACCAGAUUAUAACAAAGGUUCAUUUUAUGUGAAUUGUUCUUUUCAUAAGGAUGAAACGCUAGAAGGACCAACUAAGGACUUGGUUGAUAGUUUUCCAAAUCAUAAAGCAUAUACAGAGUCUAAUAAAUGGCCGAUCGAAUUUGAGGAUUUAAUAGAGUUUAAAUUAAAUUUGAAAAAAUUGUGUAAUCUAAUUAUUGAUGUUGCCGAAUUAGUAGCUUUGAAUUGUGACAAAUAUAUCAAGAACAUAUACAGUGAUUAUGAAGACGGUUAUUUGAGGAGAAUAGUUAAGGAGUCAACGUGUACCAAGGCGAGAUUAUUACAUUAUUUUCCUUCCCAAGGUUCAAGUGAUAAUGAUGAUGACUGGUGUGGAGAACAUUUAGAUCAUUCAUGUCUAACAGGUUUAACAUCAGCAUUAUUCAUAGAUGAAUCGAAAGGUUUGACAAACUCACUUGAAAAUUCACCAGACCCAUCAGCUGGAUUGUACAUCAAAAAUAGAGAUAAUAAAACCAUAAAAGUCAAUAUACCGAAAGAUUGUUUAGCUUUCCAAUCAGGUUCAGCGUUACAAGAAGUUUCAAAAGGUAAAUUCAAAGCAGUUCCACACUUUGUUAAAGGUACAAACCAUAAAAAUAUUGCAAGAAAUACUUUGGCAGUAUUUUGUCAACCGAAUUUAAAUGAGAAGAUUAAUGAAUAUGAAAAUUUUGCUGAAUAUUCUGAUAGAAUCUUAAAAGAGAAUCAUUGA